AACAGCAGGAGGAGGAGGAAGAGGAGGUAAACCACAGUCUGACGGACUCACCGGGACUCACCGGGACCAGCAGGGAGUUUACCGGAGCGGACCGGAGCUGAGAGGAGUUGAGCGGGUUCUGGACUGAGAUCAGACCGGGAGGAGGAGACGGGACUCCGCUCCGGUGUCCACAGCAAGAUGAACAGUCACCCCUAAACGUCACCUCAGUAUGACAUCAUCAGGCCCCGCCCCCUACCCCCCUCCCCUCCACCAAUGUCAUCAUCAUCCUGUCUUGUUCUGGAUUGGAUGGACACCCUGUCAGUCCUCACUGUGGCCCCGCCUCCUCCUGUCUCUCUGGCUGUGGAUUGGUGGACAGGUGGUACAGGUGAGCACCUCCCACCAGCACUUCCACCCUCACUCCAUAAAGAUACCUGGUGACAUAACUCUGGGGGGGCUGUUCCCCGUCCACUCCCGCGGCCCCCACGGUCUGCCCUGUGGAGAGCUGAAGAAGGAGGCGGGGAUCCACCGUAUGGAGGCCAUGUUGUAUGCUCUGGACCAGAUCAACAGCGACCCAGAGCUGCUGCCCAACAUCACGCUGGGGGCCCGCAUCCUCGACACCUGCUCCAGAGACACCUACGCCCUGGAACAGUCCCUCACCUUCGUCCAGGCGCUUAUCCAGAAAGACACGUCCGACAUCCGCUGCUCCAACGGAGAGCCGCCCAUCAUCCGCAAACCAGAGAGGGUGGUAGGAGUGAUCGGAGCGUCGGCCAGCUCCGUGUCCAUCAUGGUGGCCAACAUCCUGAGACUGUUUGAGAUCCCCCAGGUGAGCUAUGCAUCGACGGCUCCAGAGCUCAGCGACAACAACCGCUACGACUUCUUCUCUCGGGUGGUUCCUCCGGACUCGUACCAGGCUCAGGCCAUGCUGGACAUCGUCAAAGCUCUGGGCUGGAACUACGUCUCCACGCUCGCCUCCGAGGGAAACUACGGAGAGAGCGGCGUUGACGCCUUCAUGCAGAUCUCCAGAGAGGCUGGUGGGGUGUGUAUCGCUCAGUCGGUGAAGAUUCCUCGCGAGCCGACACCCGGAUUGUUCGACAAGAUCAUCAUACGUCUGAUGGAGACGAGUAACGCCAGAGGAGUGAUCAUCUUCGCCAACGAGGACGACAUCAAGCGUGUCCUUGAGGCGGCGAAGCGUGCUAACCUGACGGGCCAAUUCCUGUUUGUGGGAUCGGACAGCUGGGGAGCAAAGAGUUCACCAAUCAUGGAGCUGGAGGACGUCGCCGAGGGCGCGGUGACAAUCCUGCCCAAACGGGUUUCAAUAGACGGCUUCGAUCAGUACUUCAUGUCUCGUUCUCUGGAGAACAACCGCAGGAACAUCUGGUUCAAUGAGUUCUGGGAGGACGACUUCAGGUGUAAAUUGACCCGGCCUGGAAUCAAACUGGACCCCGACAAGAAGAAAUGUACAGGCGAGGAGAGGAUCGGUCGGGACUCGUCCUACGAGCAGGAGGGGAAGGUUCAGUUUGUGAUCGACGCGGUCUACGCCGUCGCUUACGCUCUGCACAGCAUGCACCUGGAUCUGUGUCCCAGCAGCUCCGGAGUCUGCAGCGACAUGGACCCUGUGGAGGGACGCUCGCUGCUCGACUACAUUAGAGCCGUCAACUUCAACGGAAGUGCAGGUACGAGUGUUUUGUUCAAUGAGAACGGAGAUGCUCCCGGCCGUUACGACAUCUUCCAAUUCCAGAUGACCAAUCACAGCCAUCCUGGUUACCAUGUCAUCGGCCAGUGGACCAAUAACCUGAAACUCAAUCUGGAGGAGAUGCAGUGGUCUGGAGGAGAUAAAUUAGUUCCAGAGUCCAUCUGUAGUUUUCCCUGUAAACCAGGAGAGAGAAAGAAGAUGGUGAAAGGAGUUCCCUGCUGCUGGCACUGUGAGCUCUGUGAUGGAUACCAGUACCAGUUGGAUGAGUUUAACUGUGAGACCUGUCCGUUAGACAUGCGCCCCACCCCCAACAGAACUGACUGUCGUCCGACACCGAUCAUCAAACUUGAGUGGAACUCCCCCUUCGCCCUAGUGCCGGCCUCGCUCGCCAUGCUCGGUAUCCUAGCAACCAGCGCCGUGGUGAUCACCUUCAUCCGCUUCAAUGACACACCCAUCGUCAGGGCGUCCGGGAGGGAGCUCAGCUAUGUCCUACUGACAGGUAUCUUCCUGAUCUACCUGAUCACCUUCCUGAUGAUCGCGGAGCCAGGUGCGGUGGCUUGUGCCUUCCGUCGCCUCCUGCUGGGCCUCGGCAUGGCCAUCACCUACUCCGCCAUGUUGACCAAAACCAACCGCAUUUACCGCAUCUUUGAACAGGGCCAGAAGUCGGUGACCCCGCCCAAAUUCAUCAGCCCCAGCUCCCAGCUCAUCAUCACCUUCAUCCUCAUCUCCGUCCAGAUCCUCGGGGUGUUUGUGUGGUUCGCCGUUGUCCCCCCUCACACCAUCAUUGACUACGAGGAGCAGCGCCCCCCUAACCCCGACCAGGCCCGAGGCAUCCUGAAAUGUGACAUGUCUGACCUGUCAAUCAUCUGCUGCCUCAGCUACAGCAUCGUACUCAUGGUAACAUGUACGGUGUACGCAGUGAAGAGUCGCGGUGUUCCGGAGACGUUCAACGAAGCGAAGCCGAUUGGAUUCACAAUGUACACCACCUGCAUCAUCUGGCUCGCCUUUGUACCAAUCUUCUUUGGUACUGCCCAGUCCACGGAGAAGAUGUUCAUCCAGACAGCCACUCUGACCGUCUCCAUGUCUCUCAGUGCGUUCGUCUCUCUCGGGAUGCUCUACUUGCCCAAAGUUUACGUCAUCAUUUGUCAUCCCGAACAGAACGUCCAGAAGAGGAAGAGAAGCUUCAAGGCCGUUGCCCAAGCUGCCAGAGUGUCUCAAAGAUCUGUAACUGAGAAACAGAACGGAGAGACGAAGAUUGAACCUGACAGAUCGCAGUAAUACUGCAAAUUACAGGUAGCUACUGACCAAUCCCUGGCCAGAACCUGAUGACAUCAUCAUCGUGAAGAUUACAUGGUCACACACACACACACACACACUGACCAACGAGUCAAAAUAAAACUAUCCAAUGGGCUUUUAUUGUGAAAAUCAUGAGUUUUUGUGGUUCAGACAGGAAGUCCUCAGCAGGAAGUGUUGUCAUGACGGCAGAAUGAAACUUCCUCCUCAGAGCUCAGGGGUCAGUGUUAACAUCAUCGUUGUCAUGGUGACAGAAAAAGAAAAGUCAAAGAAACAGAUGAAUGAGUUACUAGUGAGGUACACAGAGUACUCAGCAUCUUGUGUAGUUUCUUGCAGCAGGGACAUUUUUGUCAUAUUUGGGAACAUUUUAAACAUUAAAUUGUGGCUCAUUGGAUAAAUGUUUUACUGUUAAACAUUUUGUCAAUAUGUCGUUAUUACAAAAGUCAAAUUAUUUAUAUAUAUAAUUAUAAAUAAUAGUAAUAUUUGGGUAAUGCCGUUAAAAAUGGUCUUGCAUGUUUGAUUGUUUCGUAACUUUUUCAUUUAAUUAUUAAACAUAUUCAACAGUA